AUGGCCAAACUUACAUCUUUCUGGGCACUUUGCCUGGCUCUUCUUGCCACAACCUUCGUAUUCGCACAGGAAAGUGUUCCCGCGUCAGCCAACCUUGAAAUUACUGCUGAAUUUCCUGAUAACCCAUUCGGAUUGUUUACACAGAUUGUAUCGUGUCUAAUAAGGACGUUAGUGAUCGUCAAUGGUCAACGCAACAAGGUUGUCUUGGAUCUCAACAACAAGGAGAACGAGGCUUACUCUGUUGUUUCUGUCUCUGGAAGAAUCACCCUGGCUGAGGACCACACCAAGAUCAUCCGCAACUUGACCGCCCUCCGUUAUGAAUUGACUAUCCCUGCUCAGACCAGAGCUAACGUUCCUUACACAUUCUACUCUGAGUACACUCCUGGAGAGCUCGGUCUUGAAGUUUUUGUUGAUCUGCAGGCUGGUGACAAGGUUAUUCGUGUAGUUGGCUACAGCGGUAACAUCACUGUGUCUGAGCCCGAAUCUUCCUGGUUUGAUCCCCAGCUUUUGUUCUUGUAUGCUGUUCUGGCUGCUGGCGCUGCUGGCGUCGCUUACAUUGUUCGUGAGGCAUACUUUGGUGGCAAGAAGGUUAAGGUCAAGAAGGAUGAUGUCCCUGUUGAACGUCCUGCUCAUCGUGAUGACAAGGGUCAAAUGGUUUUGGAUCAAUCCUGGAUUCCUGAGCACCAUCUCAAGAACAGUCCUCGUCAGUCCCCCAAGAUUAAGAAGAGACCUUCUAAUCGCAAGUAA